CGGACAUUAACGUGAAACGGAAAUUUGUUUCAAAGGAAAUUAUCUUGGUUUGAAGAUUUCUGGUUGGACUUAAAAGAUGCCACCAAUCGAUGGGCAGAUGCAGGUGCAGGUGCCACCAGGGGUCCCUCAAGGUGGAGGUACAAUCGCCCUGGACAUCCUGAUCAACUACAUUAUCCAACGUACCUACCAUGACCUGACUGUUUUGUCAGAGCUGUUGCCCAGAAAAACAGACAUGGAAAGGAAAAUUGAGAUUGUUCAAUUUGCCACAAGGACGAGGCAGUUGUUCAUCCGAUUACUUGCACUGGUGAAGUGGGCUAGCAGUGCUACAAAAGUGGAUAAAUGCUCUGAAAUCUGUAACCUAUUGGAACAACAGUCGAUGUGGUUUGUGGACACAGCAGACAUGUUGGCUAAAAUGGCCAGAGAAACUUUGGUCAAUGCCAGAUUGCCCAACUUCUCCAUCCCGUGUGCCAUAGAUGUGUUGACACUUGGAACCUAUCCACGACUUCCUACCUGUAUAAGGGAGAAAAUUGUCCCUGAAGAUUCCAUCACACCUGCAGAAAAGCGACUUACAUUGUCCAAACUGACCCAGGUAAUACAGUAUCGCCUGGUAUCCACAGAUCUACCCCAACAGAUGAGGAAGUUACGAGUUGAAAAUGGACGUGUGAAGUUUGUUGUGGAACAUGAAUUUGAGGUGACCUUGACCUUGAUGGGUGACAGUCCAACCAUCCCCUGGAGGUUACUGGACAUCAACAUCUUAGUAGACGACCCAGAAACUGGCAAUGGAAAGUCCCUGGUACAUUCAUUACAGGUGAAUUACAUCCAUCAGCUGGCUCAGUCCCGUCUCCUUGACAACGACCGGCCAAUUCAUGACUUAUAUAGAGUGCUUCAUUCAUUUUGCCAGUCAUUACAACUGGAGGUCCUGAAUUCACAGACACAAAGACUGAUCAGAGAGAGGAUGGGAGACAGUAUACGUGUGGAGGAAUACUUGGUUGGUAAAUCUCUGGUGGUGUCCUACUGGAGAGACCAGCUGAAGCGAGAUAAACAGCAACAACAGCCACAGCAGGAACCUGUUGUGUACAAGCUGACAAUCCAUGUGUCAGAAGAAGACUGGGGACGGCCAUUACAGAUAAGUCACACUCCACCCAUGUCUCCUGAAGAAAGUCAUAGAGUGGGGCUCGCAAUCAAAAGUAACCACCUGUCGAUAGAGAGGCUCCUGAUGCAGACUAUAGAGGUUCGGACACAUGCUAAGUUACAGGAUCUUGCUAAAGAAAUGAAAAGAUAUAAAGUAGAAAAAUGUGAGAUGAAAGACUUACCUACAGCACUCCACAUCCCAGUGUUACAGCCCUGUAUGGAAUCAGAACACCUCAGGAUCAUGAUUGACUCACAGAGGGGCACUAUGAUGGCCUCCACCCCCGCACAGACAGAUUUACAAAUCAUUGAUGAUAUAACCGAAUGUCUGAACAAUGACAAGAAAGGCCUGGAUAAACUUAUAGUCAGCUUAAGAUUACAACUGUGUUUACUUCGAUGUGAAAAGUCCAUCCAGUACUUGCAAACGACAUGCCUGCGCCAUUUGCCUCUCAUUAAUCUGGAGAACCACCAAUUGGAUACUCUAGGACCUCACAAACUCUACAUACGCAUACCCAAACAGUCUAGUCAUUAUGUGGUUCUGUCGCUGCGGGAGAAGAAAGACCGAUGUGUUGAGUUUAAGUAUUACCUGGUGGAGACCACCGCUUGUACAGCCGACGGUACGGAGCUUGAUCUCUCUGAUGACAUUGGAGCCAAGUUGUUCAGAUCUGCAGGGCGCUUGCUUCCUCUCGAUACCUUUGCUUUUACACACGGUCCCUAUAGUAAAGUGUUUGAUGAUGAGGAGGAAACUGAAAUAGAACUCCAGCGAAGGAAAAGAAAGGUCCUACUAGGGGAGAUGGAAGAGCCCCAUGCUAAGCGACAAAAAGGUGCAGCGUACUAUGUACCUGAGUUGUCAUAUAUACUGGCGAGCUGUGAGGAAAGGAUACCUUUAGUAGCUGUCGGACAUGAGUUUGAAAGGAAUGGCGUAGUUCAUUCUGGGAUACAAGUGGACUCUGAGGGUAGCUGCUUCUGUCUCUCUAUUCUUAGUUUGCCUGAUGUAGAAGGUUGUGAAAAAAGAGCAUGUGAGGGUCUCAAGAAGGCACUUCUGUCCCUCAAACUGCGUAUCCUCAACAAGCCUUCCAGGAACUGGAUUGUUGAGUUCUUGUUUGCUAAGGCUCUCUUAGAAACUGCUAACAAGAAGGAAUCGGGGUCCGUUCAGCGUGUAAUUUUCAUGCAUGAGCUGAACUUGGAUAACCUGAAAAAGGUGGUGAAGGAAGUGAUAGAUGAAUGGUACUCCAUCUGUCAUCUCUACAGUCUCGUCGCUGAAUUUGCAGAAAUCUACAAUGAUCAGCGGUCAGGAUUGCGCAGCACGGUGGACGUCCACUCUUACAGUUAUAGAAAGCUGACCUUGGUGUAUGGCCCUAACAGGUCAAGUCUGGUACACAUCCAGUGGAAAAGUGACAGUAAACAGUUUGUGGUGACCUUUGGCACGAUAGGACCCUCUGUUACCAUCAAUCCACAUGUGAUAAUGUCAACACAGAUUCAACAGGAACUAAGCUGUCAUAGAAACCUCGCUCAAAUUGCUCAGGUUCUACAUGACACCUGGUCACCACUCAUGUCCAUCAACAAACUCACUAACAUCAUCAUCCAUGCACCUAUAGGGAACAACACUAACAGACUAGCACAGUCCUUUUGCAUCAUCCCCCAGUCAACAACACACGUUCGAAUCUCCUACCGCAGCAUAAGUUCAAUAGAUGUCCAUUUCCGCAGCAACAAGAUUGUGGCAAUAGAGAGCAGCAAAGUUGUGGAGGGUUUUAACCCAAUAUCACUGUUAAAGGCAUUUUUGAACAUGUAUGUGGAUGACGCCAUCAUUGGGCGGCACAAUCGCAGAAUGUCAACAACAGAAGACGACAGUCCUUCCUCACCAGUCGGUAUGGAUACCAUGGAUAUGUUUGGCCUGUCGUCGGGGCCAUCAAUGGGAUCCCCUGCAUCGAGACAGAGACAGGAUGGGGGCCUACGCUUCCCCAGCCCAAUGACUCCUCCUUCCAAUCCCCACACCCCAGCUUCACCCAGUGCUGCGCGCAUGUCAGGGAUUGCACCCUCACCAUCAACAGCUUUGAUUGGCACCCCCUCCCCAGGAACUCUCCUUGGGGCUGGAUCUCCAGGGAAUCCACAGCUACAUGUCCCUUCUCCGAGCUCCUUUGUGCCGACUCCAUCCCCUGGGUCCCUUGGGAUGCACAUGCAGUCACCAGCAUCACAGUUUAUGGGGUCUCAAGGAAUGGAAGGUUCACCAUUUGCAAGUUCUGGGCUAGCCAUGCCAUCACCAGGACAACGUAACUGGCCCAACUCACCAUCUGUACCCGGGCCUUCACCAGUGUCACGACAUGGAACAGCAACUUCCCCUGGACAUCCGGCUCUCCACUCCCCUCAAACAAUGAAAGAUGGGGAACACAGUAAACCAGGAGUGAUGGGUCAUCCGUCACGUGUGUUUACUCAUCGCUCGUGGGCAGCCUCCAUUCCGACACUCCUAUCACACAAUGCAUUCGAUACACUGCUCACGCCGUUAGGGCCAGGAAAGGUCACAUCCCCCUUAGAGAGGUUCUUUGGCUGUGUUCUUUUCACCAGGAAUCUUCCACGUAUUAUACAGAAUGAAGAAAAUCUGAAUUUGGUCCGAUCAUCAGAUGCCAAUGUAGUGAUAUUUAAAGUGGACACUAUGCAGUUCCGUGUGAGCUUUAAUGCGACAACUCUUCAAAGUCUACAUAUGAAUGCUACAAACUUGCCAGACUCUCGAGACCCAUUCCCUACUGAACUUAUCAACAUCCUUGAGCGAUUCUUUGAAGUAAAGGUUGCUACUCACCCAUACAAGGUCAAUGCCCUGCGAGCAUUCUGUCGAUUGCUACCACUGCCUAGCAGAAUUCUUAAAGACUGUAUACAGAUCAUGAGGCUUGAGAUGAUGAAUGAAACCCGUAACACAAAGUGGACAGUAGCUUUCUGUCUGACCAUUCCUCCUUCUGCCCUAUCCAUAGCCCCAGCUGGAGCAGCGGCCAUUGCCGUCAAGCAGAAGAUGGUCCUAAUGCUGCAGUUGACAAGAGCAGAUGUCCAGCUCCCCAUGGGGGUGGAGCCACAGUCCAUCAUUGUCCAGUUACUGUAUGACUUCAAUGCCAAUACAGUCGUACAGAUGGAGGUGCCCUCACGUAGCCAGCCUGCACAACAACCCACGCAAGCCCACAUGGCUGUUUCAGCUUUUCUCAAGAAGAUUGAAAUGCAUCAGAACACCAAUGAAUGUGCUCUUUUCCCAACAGUUCAUAAACUCAUGCAAGGACUUGUGGUGCCAGGGUAGGAUUAUAUUAAGUGGUUAAAAUAAAGUUGACAAGGGCCAGUGAUGACCGGGGUUAAGUUGUUGCAGCUAGUGAUACGAUGGUAUUGUCAGUUCAGAAGACAUUUAUUAGGAACUAGCUUUCUCCUGCAGGUCACAAAACUUUACUUGAUGGGUGUUCUCUUCCUGAAUUGUAUACUUUUUAUUCUACAGAAUGAUAAAGAUGUUUCUUGUGACUUGAGAUUAUCAAAACCUGGUCAGCUGGACAGAAGGAUUAUGGAUACUCUAAAACAUACAUACAUACGGUUUGUUUCUGAAACAAAAACUAUGGAAGAUAAUCACCAUGAAUGGAUCUGGAUGAUAGCAAUUGUUAUUGCUACUUUGUAUUAGUACUGAGGUGGUAUAUAACUGGACUUCACAGGAGGUUCAUUUUAAAUCCAUUUUAAUCAUCGGUAUAUUUUGCAACUGUUGAUUGCUUCAAACUUUCUGACGUUAUGGAUAUACAUUUCAGGUUGCUUGCAUUUAAAGUUAAGAAGCGAUCUCAUUGCCCUCUGAUGAGCUUCGAAAGCAAGCAUGGUGUUGGCGAACAAGAUGGUUUCUGUGUGAUGUUUUAUAGUACACUUACACAUCAAACUGAUUCCAGAUUUAACUUCCUUCCAUGUGCUGUAAACAUGGGCAGCCAUGACAGUUUCUAUAAAAACUCCUUAUUUUUUUCACAAUUCAUAUUGAGGGAAUCUCUCUGAUAGUAGAACAAUUCUCAAAUCUUUUAAUAUUUCAAAGUAGGGUAACAUUAUGGAAGAAAAUCAGCUUGAAGAAAAAUUAAAUUUCUGAUAAAAGGAUAUGAAAAUAUGCCUUUCUUACCAGUACAAGUGUCAAUGAACUACCAAAAAGUUAUUUUCAAAAUUGAUUACUAGUGACUACUGACAUUGGUUGCUGAUUGUUACCAGGAGAUGCUGCCCUCUCUUGUUUAUUUAUAAUUUUGAUCAGGAUUUUGUAUUCGGUACAUUAGUACAUUAUGUACAGGAUGAAAAUGGACAAAUGGAAACAAUCAAGAUGACACAUGUAAAUUUUCUCUACCAGGAGGGAAUCACUACCAUCAGUUCCCUAUAUUCCUGCUUCAUAAGUAUGACAUCUUUUCUAAGUUACUUUGGCAUUACAGGGAUGUUUGUGACUUCACCAUGCUUUGAUUGACACCUGUCACUUCAUUGCUUUGACGCCUGUUAUUGACUACAGCUGUUUUGUAUGGACAUGAAGCACUUUUAUGAAUUCAUUACCUGUGGAUCAACCAACAAGUUAAUUAAUGAAAAGGUGCAGUAAUGGUUAUCAAACUUUUAAGAUGAAAUUUUAGCUGUUUUCCUACUUCCUUAUUUGACUUAAGUUGUUAUCUAUUGUACAAGUUUGUACAGUGUUUAUAAAAUAAGUCAAACAUAUUGGAAUUCACCAAAUGAAUACCUGGUAAUAGCAGUUAUUUAUCACGUUACCAGGUCCUCUUCUGUAAAAAUUCUCAAUUCACAGGUUUCAGGCUCUUCCCGAAUUGAUGGGAAUAUUGUCUUGUUCAUGAAUUUCUGGAGAUCAACAUCAGAUCAACCAUCAGAUUCAGAACAACAGAUCAAUCAAAGUUCAUUGUAUGUUAAGUAUCCUGUUUGGUGCAUUCAUUUUGUAUAUGUUUUUGUAAAUAAAUAAAAUUGUGAAAAUACAAUCUCAUCACAGCUUGUAUACAAUUGUUGUCGGAUGUGGUAGGUCAAGAUACUGAGUCUCAUUUUUUAUGUCAUUUGUAACAAUAUUUCAGUAUUAAGACUUUCUACAUUUGAGCAAAAAUAAA